UGUUUAUCUGAAAACUAAGGGUCUCUGUAUUUCCAUUGCACGUCUGAAAUGUCUUUUGAAAUUGAACUUCUAGUCAAUGGACCGGAUUCUAGUAAACUGGCCACUCCUGUUUGCGCUUUCACUCUUGUAGUUUCACUCUCAUCUAAAAUAAAUUAAUCCAACAAGAGCAUACACCUGGGUGAUAAGAUUGCAUGGACUCAAGUUUCCCGUACUGGGUAUAUUCUAUUGCUAUCGGCCAACUGGUUUCUCUAGACGAAGACUACAGAAAAGCAAGGUUCCUGACACACCUCCAGUGUGUACUUUCACAGACAGAGAUGCUGUGAUCAUAGUGACAAGGAGGAACUACUAGAGACGAGGAGAGGGAGGGAGGAGGUCACCAUGAAAGGCCUGAGUGGCUCCAGAUGCUGCUUCUACAUGGGUUUCUUAGUGGGAACCCUCAGCCUGUACUUCCUGCGCCAGGUGUGGUUCGAUAUGAGCAUGGAGCCCGCUGUGCUGGGAGAGGGCCAGGACAGCUCAGUAGCAGCGUUGUCGAAGGAGAGACAGGCUAGUGACAGUAAUAUCUGGAGGAUGGAAGGAGCAACCCUCAUCAACCUCAACCACCCACACCACACAGGUGAGGACAGUCACGUGGCAGAUGAGCUGUACCGGAAGGUGCGCAUCCUGUGCUGGGUGAUGACUGGUCCCAGUAACCUGCAGACCAAGGCCCGCCACGUAAAGGCCACCUGGAGCCGCCACUGCAACGUGGUGGUCUUCAUGAGCUCUAUCGACGACCCAGACUUCCCCACCGUGGGGCUCGGCACGGGGGAGGGCCGCGACCAGCUUUACUGGAAGACCAUCCGGGCCUUCCACUACGCCCUGGAGCAUCAUGGGAAUGAUGCCGACUGGUUCCUCAAGGCGGACGAUGACACCUUCGUAGUGGUGGACAACCUCCGCUGGGUCCUGUCCAAUCACACGCCCGAGGAGCCCCUCUACUUUGGCAAGCGCUUCAAGCCCUACGCAAAGCAGGGGUACAUGAGUGGCGGAGCAGGAUAUGUGUUGAGUAAAGAAGCUCUCAGGAGGUUCGUGGAGGGGUUCAAGACCAAGGUGUGUACACAUACCACCUCUGUGGAGGACUUGGCUCUGGGACAGUGUCUGGAGAAGAUGGGUGUUCUGGCAAUGGACUCGAGGGAUACUCUGCAACGGGAGACGUUUCAUCCGUUUGUUCCCGAGCAUCAUCUGACAGGGAAGUUCUCCAAGAGCUUCUGGUACUGGAGCUACUGCUACUACCCCAUCGUAGAGGGUCCCCGGUGCUGCUCAGACCUGGCAGUAUCCUUUCACUAUGUGGAUCCAGAGCUGAUGUACACACUGGAGUACUGGACCUACCACCUCCGUGCCUACGGCUACAGGUACCGCUACAGACCUCCACUACCCCAGGGCCUGGUGGAGCGGCUGGCCCAGACAGAGAGGCCUACAGUGGGUACAGCUGGGAGAGGGAGAACCCCAGCUGGUAUUACUGUUGGUGGUGAUGGAGACCAGUCCAAAGCCGAGUCCGGGGCAAAACCUUUGUCAGACAAAGGUGGGAAGGAGACUUUGGGUAAAAUCUCCAUUGACAACAACAGGACUGAAGUCGCACAGGAGAGACAUGGGUGAUUCUCUCUGUAUGGGUUUACAUGUGUUUUUGGAACGGGAAUGUGCAGUGUAUGGACCAGGAUGGGGCAAUUCCACUUAAAUUCAGGCAAUUUAAGUUUACUUCCUGAAUUGACUGAAUUGAAGUGGAAUUGAAACAUGAAUAAUGAAAUAAUGAAAAAAUGAUUACCCACAUAGUGCACUUAUGGCCAGUUCCACCACAGUGCAGGUUUAAUUGAUUAUGGGGAUUUUAUAUAUAUAUUUAUCUUUUAAGUGAGUCCAUAUACUGUAAAUCAUUUAACUUGAAAGUCUUAACUGUUUUUAUUUGAUAUGUUGCUAUUUAAUAUGAUAUUCUGUUUCAAUUGAAAUAGUAUGCAGUUACUUACCAUUCAUCUAUAUCCAGUACUAGACAGCUUAUUACAUUAUCGAUUUCCAGUACUUGACAGCUUAUUAGGUGUUACGCACGCCUCUUUCGUUACGCUUGAUAACUUGGUACAAUAGGCUGUGAUGCCCUUUGGAAUGUGUAUUGCACCUGUUACUUUUCAGUGCAUAGUUUAAAACUUGCAUUGUAUUUGAGGUUUAAAAAUGCUUUUGAAGUUUUUAAUUUCCACUUUGAAAGUUCAGACUUGAUUUUCCCUUACGCAAAAAUGUAUCAACCCCUACAAAAAUGUCCAUUAAUUAUAAUCCACAUAAUAAUUCAAAUUUCUUGUUGCUACAGGAUUAUUUUCUUGCUGUAGCAAACUGGCUCAUUAAAAUCCUACAUCUGUAGAUGCUUUGAAUGUCAUGAUGAUUGUAAAAUGGUUGAUGUGGUUGGAAUAACUUGGCUUCUUUCUUAACGGUGGUUUUUAAACCAUUUACCUUGUUCUCUGGUUUCGUUGUCUUUUUGGGAGGUCGAAGAGAAGAUUUCAUAUCUACCGUAAUUUUCGACACAACAUUGACUUGUAUGUUUUUCAGCUGGAACGAAACAAGCUAUUUAGGGUGGAAUUCAAUCCGAUUGCCAGUUAUUGGCAUUGCGGCUUUUAAAGGCAAUUUUGUUUACCAUGAAUGGGAUCUCUGCGAAAACGGGAACAUUGCCUUUGAAAGCCGCAAUGCCUAUAACCCGUGAUUGUAUUGAAUCCCAGCCUUAGUAUACAUCAUAUUACCUUUUGUACUGUAUACUCUACCAGUAUAAUUGGUGGCAGCUGUGGGAUCCUGUAUUUCCAUAGUCUCUUUUUCCAUUUGAUAAGAUAUUACAGUUGUGAAAUGACAAGAAGUACAAAGCUGGGUUAAAUUAAUAUUUUAAUUGACAACAACAACAAAAAAGUGUUUUAUCUUGAACUUUUGGAGAAAAAGAACCCACUAUGUUAAGGAAAUAGAUCUUUUCAGAUGUGACUGAUUUUUUUGUGUGACAAUACAUGUUAUAUACAAACUGUAUAGUUAUUAGUUACUAUGACAAUCCAUCUGGAAAGUUACGGUAAUAUGUUGGUUUGGUCAGUUUAAAUUCCAUUGACGUUUUCGGAAUACUUUGUUUUGUAAAAUAUAUCGUUGCUCUUCUGUAUUGUAUAAUAAUAUCUCCAAUCUUCUGAAAAGGGAUGUUGCCUUAGCUGGAUGGUAGAGAUGGGUCCAGAUGAAUGUCUUGUCUAUAACCCACGACGAAACCUAGAUCAAAACAGUAACAGUGGAUGUACACUAUGAUACAUUUAUUAUCAAUAAAGGUUCAUAAAUGUGUUUUUAAAA